AGUGCGCGAAAAGAUUGUUGUUCACGUUUGACCGAUACUUAACUCCAAGAAAACAUUAACCGUGAAUUUGCGAAUGUUUACACGUUAUGGACCGAUACGUGUUGGUUAUAUCAUUAUGCCCAACUGAUGACGGCCUGGCGGAGGACUGUAAAUGUCUGGAGCCAGUAAAGCAGAUAUAUAACAGACUUGUGGACAUCUCGACUCAGGAAUCAGUGAGAGGGAUCUCUGUGUUUCCAGCUUGUUCUCUCAGUGGCAGCCCAUCGUUUCAGAGGUGGUACUUUGCUGUUCAGGCAUGCCACGGUGCAACACAGUUUUGCAGCUCAGACUGGCAAGAGUUGGGGACAAGCCAUCAGAAAACUGACAGUGAGGAGGAGAAGUCUUCUGCUGUGGAGUCAUGUCUCAGUUCACUGAGUAACCAGGAGGUGCCUGACCAAAAGGCUGACCAGCCAGCACUGUCAGAGGUGUUAGAGGAGGCUGCGGAAGGACUGCAUCUGCUGUCAGACAAGCUGCCACCUCCAGGUAAAGCCUUGCUGGAUGUGCUGGUGUUGGGCUGUGCAGAGCAGUCCCCUCCUAUCAAAGACCUGCUGCCUCUGCUGGGAGCCCUCAAACACAUGUCCUGCUGGCAUGCUGCAAAGACCACUGUAGUCACACAGCACAUCACAGGGUGGCAGAAAGCAGCGUCCUACCUGAGCGCCAGUCUGGUGGAGCCUGCUGACAAAGACAGCUGUAUUGACCAUAGAGAAGUGUGGAGAGGUGGCCUGGCUAUCAGAGAGAAGAAGAAUGUGUCAGAGCUCCGUUUCGAUGGCUUUUCUCUGCGCUCUCUAGUGCAUCAGAUAUCGGGGUCCAGUCUCUUGCAAGCUCCCUACACCACUACAGACCACAAACUACAAUCUGAGGUCUUCCAUUACUACACACCAGUUUUAGAUUUGGUCCAGCUGGUUAAUGUCUCAGACCUACCUGGCUUUCUGAGGUCCGGAACCCAGUUUGAACUCAGCCUGUCUGGGAAGUCAAUGAAAGCUAAACUUCUGUUGGACCAGCUGAAGUCACUGCAUGGAAAGGUUGGAGCGUUGUUCAGCCUCUCCUGUAUAAUAACCCCUAUCGCCCAGCUUGCAGCCAGUCAGCUCAGCUCCCAGCGCUGGAGGGAGUCUAUAGCCAGGAGACCAAAGUCCUUACCUGUGCCUGAUGUAGAGGUGAAAGGGGAGAGCGCUCACUACUUCCUGUUGGUCCAGGGCUCAGAGGAUGUUGGGUGUGGUACCUGCAAGGUCAGGAUGUUGCACUCAGACAAUCAAAUCAAUGGAGCGGCUGCCAUGGCAACCAUCUCUGGUUUGCUGAGAGAGAAGUCUCUGUCGUUACCAGAAGGAGCUGUGAGCAGCAUCAUCUGCCCUCUGCCCUGUCUCCAGGGAGACAGCCUGCUGAAGAGAGAGAGGAAGGUGACCCAGGUCCAGAUGCUGGUGCUCAAAGAAUAUCUCAGACGGAAACAAGAAGCAUCGACCUCGAUACCUGUAAAUGACUUGAUGGUCAUUCUGAGUGUGGCCAGGGAGCAGUAUCUGAAAAUGAUUGACUCCCCUCUGCCCUCUGCUGCCACCUGUCUGACAGACAGGCAGGAGAGCACGGCUGCCAAGAACUCUGGUUUUCAGACGGUUUCCCAGCUGCAGGCUGACUGGCCUGAGAGGAGUGUCCUCCACAACAUAGAGAACCUGCAGAGGAGACGACAGAAGAGGAGAUUUGGUCUUUUAGGUCCAGGCUCCAGUGAUGGUCUGCUGGGUCCUAAAGACAGUCAGAAGGGCUCGUCUGCUUUACUGGAUGCCAGAGAAUUUCUAAAACACUUCACAUCUGAUGGCCUGCCCACUGGGGAGCUACAGCCACUGGCUAUCAACAGAGGUAAUAAUGUGUUUCAGUUGUCACCAGACCUCUCUCCCAGGAAAGUCAGCCAGAUGCCCUUCAACAAAGCCUCAGCAUCACAUUACCAUGGCAUAGAUUCAAUUUGUUCAUCUAGGUUCUGCCUGGACAAUCAGCGGUCCUUGGACCGGGACCAGGCCUUUGUAAAACUCCAGUCCCGUCUGAUUCGGUACGAGACCCAAACCACCUGCUCCAAAGAGCCCUGUGCCCUCCCUUUUGCCCUCAGCCCCGCCCCCUCCCCUGCCGUGAUGUCAGAACCAGGAAGUGUGCCUGACGGAGAGACUCUGCAGAACGCUGAUGUGGCGCGACUCAAGCGCAGGUCGUGGGACACAGACAUUAUUGGAGGUUAUCCUCGCAAGAGGCUGGUGAAGUCAGAGAGCAGUGACUCCCUCUGUUCUCAGAGCAGCGGCAGCAGUGGGACACACCCUGCCCUUAGGUCUCUACGACAACAGCCGAGCAGAUCCCAGUCCACCUCCUCGACCAAUAGUCCGUCUUCCACUUCAGCAGGAAGACAUACAUCCUCAGGUUUGGUGACUCUUCCCUCUGCAGACAAACCUAAACCUCAGCAGCAGAAGACACAACAUGGACAAACAGAGGACAAAACUGCCAAAGAGUCCCGCUCCCAGAAACACAACAGAAUGCUGCUGGAGGUUGUAGCUAAAACACUCAAACAGCACGGGAUCACUGCCGAGCACGAGUGCUUUGAGGCCUGCAGCAAAAGACUGUUUGAUAUCUCGAAAUUCUAUCUCAAGGAUCUAAAGACGUCUCGGGGGCUCCAUGAUGAGAUGAAGAAGGCGGCCACCAGCAAUGUCAAACAGGUCAUUGACUGGGUGCUGGAGAAGACCUCAAAGAAGUAAAGACGAUCUUGAAGAAUAAGCGUAAAAAACAUCUCCAUGAUAUGUGAUUUCGUUUCAUAGGGAGGGUUCCACCUUAAAAAAAACACAGCAAGGCCUUGCAUCACAUUUCCACACAAUUGUUUUUCUUUUUAAGCCGUCCUGAUUAGUUUUAAACUGUUACAUUAAGCCUGUUUUAAUGAACUUAAUCCUUUAUUUAUUUUUUCCAAUUCUUUCACUAAGGCGAUCACAAAACAACAUCAUUUUUUCACAUGUAUUAUGUUUUUAUUUUUUGGACUUUGUGUCUAUUCUGAUACCCUCCCGCUGCUCCAGAGCCCUGCAGCGAGUACACUCUGCUCUGGCUGCAGUCACUGAGAGGCCACGAGGGCUUCAUGUUGGCUUCAGGUUUCAGCCGUCUUUUCUUUGUAACUACUUUCAAAUGAGAUUUUAAAUCCUUUCCCACUUUUUGUUUCCAAACACUAAUAAUUUUAUGGCUUUAUAAAUGUACAUAUUUUAUCUUUAUCACAUUUUACCGU